UACUGAAAAAUUGAGAAAAUGAUCGACAUUGAAUUGGUAAGAUCUCAAUCAUUUUUUGUAAUUUCAGCUGUUGGAUAAAAAUAAACAAUAGCAACGACAGGUCAAGACUAUUAUGGUUAGUAAUUAUCAAAAUAUUUCAAUUGGUUUUGUUUAAUUUUACCAUAUUACACUUUAAUAGUAACAGAAGUCUGAUUAAAUCAAAUUAAAUUGUUAACAGCUAAUAGAAACAGUAGAUGGAGCUCAAUCUCGACGUUACGCUGACAGUGUUACGCCCUCAAGAAAGUGUAGUUUUAGUUUUCACAAUAUGAUUAUUUGAUGGUAAAUUUAGUUUAAUUUUUUUUCUUUUAUUCUUGUCGGGACUGUGUUUUAUGGAAAUUUUAUUUAUUUUGUUUUAUAAUUAGUCAAUUUUUGGGCAAUUUGGGCUCUAUUCUAUUCAUGGAUUUAAUAAAGACACCAUCUGCCACAAGUAGUGAUCCAUUAUCUAAGUUAAAUGGCUGUGAUCAUCUUCUCAUUGAGUUGGAAUCAAAUGAUUCAUCCUCACUUAGCCUUGUAUUCAGUAACAGAACCGUUGGUGAUCAAUAUGAACAAUUUAUGGAGAAAUUGAGUGCGCGAAUCAAAAGCCAUGACAAAGAUAUUGAACGAAUGUGUAACUCUAAUUAUCAAGAUUUUGUUGACUGCAUCCAUGACCUCCUACAAGUUAGACCUAAAGCUGAUCAGCUGAAGAAGGAAAUAAUUGAAAUCAAUAGAGAUGUACAAAAAUCUUCCGAGAAUGUCCAACGUCAAGCAGAAGAACUUAUUAGAUAUCGUAAGAUAGUAUGCAAUAUUGAGACAGCUAUUGAACAUCUCAGUUUGUGUUUACCGGUUUUGCAGAUGUAUAAUAAACUGACAUCUCAGAUGGAGGCUACCCGAUACUAUCCGGCUCUUAAGACACUAGAGCAACUAGAAACCACUUAUUUACCUAGAGUUUCAAAUUACCGCUUUGCUCAAGCCAUGAGAGACAAAAUUCCGCAAAUAAGGGAAGAAAUUAAAGAAGCAUCAAUGUCAGACUUGAAAGAUUUUCUCGAGAAUGUGAGAAAAAGUUCCCCAUUAAUUGGCGAGAUAGCCAUGAAAAACGCAGCUCAUCAGCAGAAUAUUGAUGAUUCCUUAUUCAAUAAUGAUGUGUCUAUCAAGGAUAACUUGUUUGAGCUCGAAAACACAAUCAACAGCAAAAGCACAACAGUAAUUCCUGUUAACUCACCAAAUGUCAUUGAUACUUCAACAUUGAAUGGUAAAAGUCAUAUGGUAAAUUCAAAGAAGAAAAAACAAGCUCCAAAACCACCCCUUUCAUCAUCUUAUGAUGAUAAUCUUGAUCAAAUUGACACUGAAUCAGAUUUUGACGUUAAUACAAAUGAUGACGAAUUAAAGGGAACGGAUAUAAUCGAUUUUUCUCCAGUUUACCGAUGUCUACACAUAUUUGGAUGCCUUGGGGCAUCAGAACUUUUUGAAACUUAUUAUCAACAGCAACGCCAGCAACAAGCAAAACUUGUCCUCCAAUCACCGACAAAUAUGCACGAGAAUAUCGAAGGAUACAAAAAUUACUUUUGUAGUGUCGUUGGCUUUUUUGUUAUAGAGAACCAUAUUUACAAUACUGCCCCUGGUUUAGUCACUAAAAUUUACCUCAACGAAGUUUGGGAGAAUGCACUUCAAUCAGUCAUUGCGGUUCUUCGAACUUAUUCUUCCUAUUGUACCGAUGACCAGCUGAUGCUUCAAAUCAAAAGGAUCAUUAUACUAUUUAGCAACACACUACAAAGCUAUGGAUACAAUGUCAAUCCACUUUUCAGUCUCCUCAUCGAAAUACGUGAUCAAUACAAUGAAAUCUUGAUGAAACAAUGGUGCUCAAUUUUCCGAUCCAUUUUUGAUGCUGACGACUAUCAUCCUUUACAAGUGUAUACACCAUCACAAUAUAAUGAAAUAAUUGCCGAAUUCCCUUUUUACGAAAAUGAAACUGUUUCUAUUGGGGAGUCUGAUUAUCCAAAGAAGUUUCCCUUCUCGUCGUUUGUGCCUAAAGUUUUCAUUCAAGUAAAGCGUUUCAUCAAUGCUUGCCGUGAAUUUUCUUCAGAUCUCAAUAUUAGUGCAACAGAAAUUGAAGACAUGGUUCGAAAAUCAACAAAUCUAUUACUAACUCGAACGUUAAGUGGGUGUCUAUCGGUUCUGAUAAAAAAACCAGGACUUGGUCUUCUCCAGUUGAUUCAGAUUGCAUUUAACACUGACUAUCUUGAAAACUCAAUGAGUCACUUGGAAGAGUAUAUUUCCAUGUCAUCAUCAUUGAACAAUAUGAAUGAGCUAGCUGGAAGCUCUCAUCUUGCUAAAUUACAAGGAAGUUCAAUGUUUAAAGAUGCAAGAUCCGAUGCUGAGUCACAAAUUUAUUUUCUUUUGAACCAGAAAAUUGAUGAAUUUUUUGAAAUUGCUCAUUAUGAUUGGAUGUUGGUUGAACCUUUAGGAGUAGCUUCUCCAUAUAUCACAGACCUUCUUAAAUUUUUAACAACAACAUUUCAAGCCUUAACCAAUUUACCUGGUAGAAUUGCUCAAACAGCGUGCCUUUCAGCCUGUAAACACAUGGCUUCUUCACUGAUGAACUUUUUACUAGACGAAGAUGUUAGAUCAAUAUCAAUGGGAGCUUUGGAACAAUUUAAUCUUGAUUUACUACAAUGCGAAUUUUUUGCCAGCUCUGAACCAGUAAAAGGCUUCGAGGACAAUAUAUUGCAAUUGUGUUUCACUGAACUUCGUCAAUUGGUCGAUUUACUUCUAUCCUGGCAAUGGUCAACUUAUAUUGCUGAUUAUGGGAAACAAGAAAGCAAAUAUUCGCGAGUAAAUCCGCAAAUUGCGUUAAACUUAUUGGAAAAGAUAAAAGAAACUGACGGCAAUCGAAACAUUUUCACCUCAUUCAAGAAAAAUGAAAGGGACAAGAAAAAAUUGGUGGACACUGUCACAAAACAGUUGAAACAGAUAAUAGCCGCAAAUGCCUCUUAUUAAUGCGUACACAAAUUACCAAAACAAUUUAAUGUGCCUUUUUAGAUCACUGAGAAGGCUCAUCAACCCACAAUGAUCUAAAUCUGCUAAAUUAUUGAAACAAGUCACAACGAGAGCACAACAAAUCAAUAUGUAUAUUUAAAUGACUUCUUAAUUAACCUAGUGAUUAUUUUUCCAGAUCAAUAAUUGUUGAAACAUUACCAGAUAGCUUUAUUUAUCGCACGGCAAAACAAAUACGUGGACUUAGUCAACUAACAAUCAUGUUAAUUAAUUUUUUACCCCAAGACCCUAAUUCAUAUCAUAUUUAACUGUGAUAUUUAUUAUUGAAUAUUAUGACUUUGCUAAGCAAUGAACUCUUAUUGAUAUCUUCUUCCCAAAUUGUCACAAAACACUAUUUUUGAUUGCUGUUUAAAUAACGUCACAUUACCUAAAUUAUUUAUUCCAAUUUUCUCAGCAUUCCUUUCAAAUCUUUAACCAAUUCCAUUAAUUUCAGAAGAAUACAUUUUAAGUAGUUUAAUCAAUCUUCAGUCAUUAUUAUCGAGCUUAUAUCCAAGUAAAUGUAAUCAAUUUGUCAUUUUACUAUUGUUAAAUUAUCCAAUAAAAAAUGAAUUUUCUGAUAA